AUGACUGAAGUCUCUGAUACUGUCACGAAAUCUCAGCAGCUCUCACCAACUUCAGAGCUUAAUGGUUUCUCUUGGUGGAAAAGAGAAAUGAGCUAUCGCUUAGGUUUGUUGCUGAGUGGCGAGAUGCAGCAGUUUGAGUAUGAUUACUACAAUAGAAAUUUACCCGAAAAGUGCCAACAAUGUGACAAAGAUUUGCAAUGGAUGCUCAAAUACAGUCCAGGAGUUAUAUUCAUGAUGGACAAUAUCAAUAAAUUACAAAAGGACCCUCUGGAUUCGAUCGCAAACCACAUCACCUGUGAUGUUUGCCCUGACCUCCAAGGAGGUGGGUUUCAUCCAAAGUACGGCAUCUUAUUGUGCGCCAAUCGAUUGCAAUCGAAAUGGCAACUAGAGGAUGUUUUGACUCAUGAGUUGGUGCACGCCUACGAUCACUUGAAGUUUAAGGUGGACCUUAACGAUCUAAACCACCACGCUUGCACCGAAAUUCGAGCUUCGACUCUCUCCGGAGAAUGCCGCAUAUUCAACGAAAUCAAAAAGACUGGCCUAGGAAAUUUUGGCAAAAAGUUUCAGGAUUGUGUUAAGCGCAGAGCUACCAUCUCUGUAUCUCAUAAUCCCAAUUGUCUGAGCAUGGAGGAAGCUGAAAAGGUAGUAGAUCGCGUCUGGCAAUCAUGCUUUAACGACACUCGGCCAUUUGAACGGGUCUACAGAUAG